GAAAAUUUCAAACCCUCCAUGACCGGGCAGUGGCAGAGGGAAAUGCUGCUCACCUUCAAGGUGUUCACCAGUGCCAUGUCCCUCUUCAACGUCACGUACUUCCUCUGCGAGGGGAGCAUGCUGGGAGCGUAUCGUCACCACGGUUUCAUUCCCUGGGAUGACGACAUGGACAUCUGCAUGAACGUCUCCGAUUGGCUCAAAGUUAAGCAGGUU